GCAGUUACUAUCCAGGUCGAAUAAUUAUCCAGUCGAAUCUCCUUCUGGGGUAUACAAUUGAAUUUAUUUGCUAUCAAGUACUUGACUGCGUAUCAGUACCACUAUGCGAGCGAUCGGCAUUCGCGGUGGGAAAGGCAAUGUUGAUGCCCUUUUCAUCGAAGAGAUCCCCACUCCGAAGCUGAAAGGUGGCGAUGCCUUGAUCAGAAUCAGGGCCUUCGGUUUGAACCGAAUGGAUCUAUUGCAGCGCGAGGGCAAAUACCCCGUUCCGCCGCAGGCUCCAAGCACCAUGGGGGUAGAAUUCUCUGGUGUAAUCGAGGAACUCGGAGCAGCCGAUUGCAAUGGCUUUCGGAUAGGCGAUGAGGUUUUCGGCUUGGCGUAUGGUGGUGCAUAUGCUGAGUACAUCGCUGUAUCGACGAAUAUGUUGAUACAUAAACCUCUCGAUAUGACUUGGAUAGAAGCAGCAGGAAUACCCGAGACAUGGAUCACGGCAUGUCAAGCUCUUUAUUUGAUCGGUGGUCACACGCCAGGCAAAUCCGUUCUCUGGCAUGCUGGAGCAUCAUCAGUGUCGAUAGCUGGAAUUCAGCUUGCUCGAAACAGUGGUGCAUCGGAGAUUUAUGUAACUGCUGGUUCUAAGGAGAAGCUCGACUUUUGCGUCGGUCAAUUGGGUGCUACUGCUGGUUAUAAUUACAGGGACCAGAACUGGGAUUCGGAGAUCUUGAAUGCGACAAAGGGCCGUGGUGUCGAUGUUAUAAUCGAUUUUGUCGGUGCGACACACUUCCAGGGCAAUCUGAAUGUAGCGGCAAAAGACGCUCACAUUGUUCAGCUGGGACAAAUGAGUGGCUCAAUACUCCCUGGUAAUGUUGACAUUAGUGGCAUUUUAAUGAAGCGGAUAAGGUUCGAGGGCAGCACGUUACGGAGCAGAGACGAACAAUACCAAAAGAAAUUGCGUGAUCUCUUGGUUAAUCAGGCAUUACCAAGAUUCAAGGACGGAACUUUCAAAGUUUAUGUGGAAAAGGUUUUUUCAUUUGAGGAUAUUGCAGAUGCUCACAGGCUACUUGAGAGCAACCAGACGAAAGGGAAGAUCAUCUGCACCUUUAACUAGUCAUAUUCAUGAUUUGUGGCUUGGCCUGCCACAGAAUCAGAAGCAGGCGCUACCAGGUGGCAUGUACAGCUAGCUAAGCUAACUAACUACAGAAUGUUUGAGCUAAGCCGCAACAAGUGUACGAGUGAAUGUCUCUCCGAGCGUCCGAGGUCUACCUGCU